GAGAAGGAAAGGCAAGGUUAGUUGAGUGUUGUUGAUCGGAAAGAUACAAGGAAAAAGUACUAUUUCCCUUUUGGAUAAACCAUAAUCAUGUUAUACUAUGAGGAUACGAUUAAGAAAAUGCUCCCUAAGUCAUAUCUUCGCAAAUAUGUGGCCCAUGAAAUAUACAUUGCACUGACUCACUUCAAAAACCUCGAGCCCAUGAUGGAUAAAUAUGUUUACAAUGAUGGAACCACAAAGGACUUGAUGAGUCUAACCGGAACCAUUCCCGUCAUGUAUGAAGACAAGACCUACAACAUCCCAGUAUGCUUAUGGAUUGAGGAAAGCUACCCCCAAACUGCUCCCAUAUGCUAUGUCAGGCCCACACGUGAGAUGAUGGUCCUCAAAGGAAAGUAUAUCUCCAGCAAUGGUGAAGUCCUGCUGCCUUACCUGGAGGAGUGGAAGAAUGGUGAAUGUGACCUAGUGAGCCUUCUGCAGGUGAUGGUUGCCAUGUUUGGAGACUUCCCCCCUGUAUGCAUGCAACCUCAUCCAGAGCUUGAACAAUCCUCUUGUUGGCUGCAGUUCCAGAGACAUGCAGAAGUACUUUGGAAGACAGAUGGAAGUUUGCAUCUGCAUUUAUCCAGAGAAGAUGACCAACCUCCCCAGCAAGAAAAUGAAACCAACUGUUAGCUUUUUGUAGAAUCUCCCAAUAAUUUGUGUAAAGAUUGUUUGUGUGUUGCCUGUGAUGAAGUGUUUUAUCCCGUGCCAGUGUCAGAUGGUAUCCAUUGAUUAUUUUAUGUUUCAUUAAUUAAUCAUUUCAGACAAAUAGCAACAUGCUUCAAACUAUUUACACUGUAAAUGUCAAGUGGCACCAGAUGAAAACAUAUAGAUUGUGUUUGGUGUGAAUGUAUGCCUUCUUUUAAUUUAAAUCUGAAAUCUGAAAUGUUUUCCAUACAAUGAAUAUAACAAACUACUUUGGGAUUUGAACGUCUCUGUGUGCAAUACACUCAAAUUGCUUUACAAGCAGCUCAUAAAAAUGUACCUGAGCUGCACCCAAAGGUAUUUGUUGUGUCUUUAUCAUAAAUGUUUUAGACUUUUGACCAGUGGAGAGAAAGGUUAGUAAUCUGGAGAACCCAUACACAGCCAGGUAGAGCCCAGUAAAGCAUGCUUUAUUAUAGAAGAGUGCAGCUUUCCUUUCCUUUUGACAGAGAGACAUUCGAACAAUUUUUCCAUUACAAACUAGUGCUUUUAACAGUUUGCAAGGUUGUUCAUUAGAGUAAGGAAAUAUAUUUUGCUUGUUGAUUUAAUAUCUGUUACUGUGUUUAAAAUUGUUCAUCCAAAACCUUUCUUCAGAGUCAAAAGUCAAAACUAUUCCCAAAGUCAAGACUAACUUUACAUCAUAAUAUAACCUCUUGUAAAAAGUGACUGAUUCAUAUUGUAAAUAAAGUGCAAUUUGAAAAUA